AUGGAGGCCUCCUGGUCUUCGCUGGUGAGCAGCCUGGACGCCCCAGACCCGCAGCUGCAGCAUUUCGUGGAGGUGGAGACGCAGAAGCAGCGGGUGCAGCUGCUGGUCCAUCACAUGACUGAGCUGUGCUGGGAGAAGUGCAUGGACAAACCCGGGCCCAAGCUGGACAGCCGGGCCGAGGUCUGUUUGGUGAACUGCGUCGAGCGCUUCAUCGACACGAGCCAGUUCAUCUUGAAUCGACUGGAGCAGAUCCAGAAGGCCCGGCCGUUCUUCUCGGAAAGCCUCUCUGACUGAUCUCGGCGGAAGGAAGUUGAGUUUCACUAUGAGGAUACCCUGACGGAUACUUCGGCUGGUCCCCGUUUUCUACGAGCAACGGAACAGUCAAUCUCCUCUCACCUAAACAGUUUGCGCAUGCUCAGACAGAGUGGAUUUUCAGAAGACUUCAAAAGGCCCAUGUACUUGAUUGAAAUUUCCGUAAAUACUGCUGGGAUCACCUCCAAAACAGCAAAGCUGUUUCCUGCUUCCUCCAAGAACAGCUGUCCACUCUCCGCCCACCAGAUGCUGUGACCUGUGCCCUCUGCACAGAUGGAAGUGUCAUCACAGAGGACUUGUUAAUUUGUGCUUUUCUUCUAUGCAGUGCUGGGAAUGGAAACCCAGGGCUUUCUGCAUGGGAGGCAGGCAUUCCACUCUGA